AUGCGCCGCAUUCGAAGCGGUCGCUGGUUGGACGUUGCCACUGUCGGCGCAAGUGGAUAUGCCGUUCUCGAGAGCGCUUGUCUCCAAUACCUAGUGGAGGGGUUGCCAAAUCCAAACAAGCAAUAUCCUCAGUUAUGGGCCUUUCUGGGCUCUGCGCAGAAGAAUAAACACUUGCACGAUCUAUUCUCAGCUAGCGCUUCGGCGCGAGCUAAUUCGGGUGCAAUUCGAUUACGAAUUGAUGAAGCCACUGCAACUAGUGAUACGCCCAUUCUUUUCGCCGAUGGUGAUCCAUGGAACACUUCCGUUUUACCUGUCUCAACUCCCAGCAGGGGAGACCGGCGUUACGAUUUUGAAUACCAUGUAGGCAGUCCAACAGAUGUCAUUUACGGACUGUAUUCUAGGGUACUGUUUCUAUUUGCCGAUGUCGUUUGUAUUUUUGCCGAUGAUCUUCCAACCGAGGCCGAUCUUGCUGCGCUCACAAAGCAUUGUGCAGUUGAUGGCUUGCCCCUCGAGGCUCGGCCCCACCUAAUCAUUGUAGCAGGCAGAUCUUGCCCUACGUGCUACGCUACAGGUGGUUCCGCGCUGCGUUCCGAAGCGUUCUCCGCUGUCACCAUUUUUCCGAGCGAAAGCACUCAGGGCAAUCUCAAAGAACUGUUGGCGACCCGUUCGCGAGAGGUACGUCAGCUGCGCAUGCAGGUCAUUGGACAGUUAUCUGGGGUGCAGCUGCAGGGUUUUCUCCGAUCGGCGAUAGCGUGCUUGGCGACGACCCACAAUCAUGCGUACAACUUUGUUCGUGCGUCUCGCACACAGGGCAUACCAGUAGACAUUGGAGAUAGCAUAAGUGAUUUUUAUCAAAGGUGUAUUGACGUUCAGCUUCCUGAUUUGGAUGCUGCUCGCUUCAUCGCCUCCGCUCUGAUGAUGGAUCACUACUCACCAGAGAUGCCGUUGAUGGAUCCAAGACUAGUGUUCCAGACUUUAUAUCGACCUGCGACUCUUUCCACAAAUCCUUUCCCACGGCAUAUUCCAGUGAAUCUAGUCAACAUGAUUGAGUCUGAAAUGGCCGCUGAGCUUCCCCACCUUGGUACUUCUACUUCGCUGGACCGACGGAAAUAUUUGAUGACGGUCCAAAAGGGUCAAUACUCGGCAUUAAAGUCCAAUCGCGUAUGUCUGUAUUGUUUGGUUCAGGUGGCACAGCAUUUCCCGCCAUGUGAUCAUGCGCUGUGUGAUCUUUGCGCCCAAAAAUUUGGAAGCGUCUCGGUCGAUACCGAAUACCAGUUUACGUUGGAGCAAUGUUUUUUCUGUUGCGAUAUGACUUCGAUGAUUAUCGAUGUUCUACCUCCUACCAUGGACCCCAGUAUCCUGGCCAUUGACGGAGGGGGUGUUCGGGGGGUGAUGCCUAUUCAAUGGCUGAUUCUUAUUCAGGAAUAUCUGGACGAAUGUCCCCUUCAAGACGUGUUCGAUUUGGACGUGAGCACAAGCUCCGGUGGGUUAACGGAUUUCGGCCUCCGAGUUUUGAAGUUACCCAUUCAAAAGUGCGCAGUGAUCUUCAAUCGCCUCGCCCGAUGUUUGUUUGACAAGCGCCGGCGUCCCGCUUUUCCGUGGUUACCUUCGUUUAUUCUGGGCCGCCCCCGCCAAUGGUACGCAUGGUGGAGACAUGAUAGCUGCUAUGACGGUUCAGUCUUUGAUGAUAUCCUACAACAACUCUAUGGCAACCAAACUCUACUUCAUAGCCACUACUGCGAUUCAUCCGGAUCCAUCAAGUCUGGAGCAAAGUUUGGAGUGGUGGCAACAAGUAUCGGGGCAAAAACUGAGACGGUGUUGAUGGGCAAUUUCAAUGCCGUCAAGGGCACAUCUGAGGACUGCGGUAGGCUCAUUUCUGCUGCCACACAUCCACUCGCUAACGGUUUAGGCUACCAACUUAUUCGACCUGAAAAUAUCAAGCAUGAGCUUCAAGUAAAGCACGCGGCUCGAGCGACUGCUGCAGCGCCGUUCAUUUUCACUCCAGUUGAUCUUCCAGCGGGUACUUUUCAAGAUGGAGGUUUGACAGACAAUUUUGCCGGGGGGAUCGCUCGCCGCGUAAGCCGAACCAUCUGGCCAAGGUCCCGCGAGCCAGCGAGAUUGCUAUCUCUAGGCACUGGUAGCCACCCCCCGUCGACCAAUGAGGGCUUGCCUCAUUUCCGAAAUUCGAUUGUCGACGGAUUCCUUCGCCGCGCUUUCAACGCCUGGAUGACGUCUUUGGAUGGAGAAAGUAAAUGGCGCGAUAUGAAGAGCCAGCUGGAUGACUCAAUCGCCAGAAAUUUCCGCCGUCUGAAUGUCCCUCUUGAGGAAAAUUCGGCCGCACUGGAUAAUGUUGCUAUGAUGGACCAUUAUCGCGAUUUAAUCAUACGCUAUCCUGGAAGUGCACGUAUGGCAAAGGAAGCAACCGUGGAUUUGAUUACGGCGCGGUUUUUUUUUGAACUCGACUCGGUCCCUCAUCUUCACCAGGUUCCGUUUUGGUGCCAUGGCACCAUUCGGUGUAAGGGGCCAGCUGGUCCACUUCUGGCGGCACUGCAGCAAUUGGUUCCGGAUCCACUGGAUGUGUUCAAGUCUACAUCAAAUCUGGUCGACAUGGUCAAUGGAGGAUUAAUUCAUUUCCAUCUACCCCUAUCAAGUUGGUCAAACGGCAACAACUCGAUUCCCCGUUUGGGAAAGCUGAUCAUGGACGCCCCGUUCGAAGUCCAUGUUUUGCAUGUGAUUCCAGUCGGUUGCCAUUUCGAGGUCGGCGCCGAAGACGAAAUUCCAACCUCACUGCGGAACACAGACGGAAAAGGGUUUGCGUGCGCUAAGUUCAAACCGUAUAUUUUGUCUUGUCUCCCUCUUCCUUCCAUCAUCUGUUCCUUCAAAACAAUCAGUUCAUUCUUUGCGCACGAUGACUUUCACAUCUUGAUGGUGAACGGCACAGAGGCUACCGUGGUUACUGCAGGUAAUUACGAGCUGCCGGCAGAAGAAAUAGUGGGAGAUGGAUUCACUAUUGAAAGACUCAACAUAGAGGACCUCGAGCGGACCUACGGCCGCACGACCACCGUACCUCGCAGAGAUCUCAUCGGCUCCGAAUACGAUGUGGAAGACUCCGCAGAUGACUUGGAUAUGGGAUGCUCUACGGACGAUACUGAUUUGGAGGAUCUCACAGAAGAAAAUAACUUUUGGGACAUCGUCGUCCCUGAACCGCCUACCUGA